UUGCUAGUGCUGUUCUGGAUACCUCUAGACGUCAGUCAGAAACUUCUCCACUUCUUCUUCUUUCUUCAAAAAAAUUCAUUAAUCUUAUUCUCUCGCUUUAACAACAACCCACCUCCCACAAUCUCUCACCGAAUCGCAAAAUCCAUUACAAGCCACUAUACUCGAUUCAAGAAACAAAGCGAAAAAAAAAAUGGUGGGCAAUGGUAACAAUUACCUCCCUAUGAAGAUGAUGAUGAAGAGAAAAGAAAUUGAUCUUGAUGAAGUCAGUGACGACUUCCAUGACUUCUCUCUUUCUUCCCCAGCUCGAAAGAUUCGCCGCCUGAAUGCGCAGUUGCCGCCGAUUAUGGAGGAGGACAGGGAGCAGGAUAGUCUGCAUGUGGGUUCAUUGCCGAUUGUCGAAGAAGAUGUCGUUUCGGAGAUGGCGUCUUUGGGUGAUCCUGUUAAUGAAGAGAGGGCCAUUGUUUUGUACAAGCCUCGAAUGCCGACUUCUCCCAGUGUUACUGUGAAUUUGGAUUCUUUCAACUUGGUUUCUGGGUUUAAGAAUCAAAUUCUUCGGGCAAGCCAAACCAGGAACACGAAAUUGGUUGAGGAUGAAGAAUAUUUGCAUGACGAAAACAAUGCAACAACAGACAAAUGUUUAGCCGUUGUGCCCUGGGUUCCUUCCCAGUUUCCCGUUGCCUCUAACUCAGGCAUGGAUGCUUCCCAAAUGGAGCCAUCAGAUUUGAUGGAAGCUGAUGAUAUGGAAGAAGCAGCAAUGGACAUUGAAGAGAACAAUAACUCUAGCAUAGAGCAAGGCCAAUCAAAUGAAUUUGGUGGAAUGAGGGAGGGUGAGGGCUUACCUCAAUGGCCCCAACAGCACUGCCUGAUCCCCCAGUUUCCUCAAAGCACUUCCACGCCCAUCACGUGGUUCCAGUAACAAGCACUAGUACGGUAUAUAUUUUCCUCCAUCUCAUAGUUUCAUUAUGCUAUGGAGUUCUAAGCAGGAUUAGUUAUGUGAAGGUUAGAUCUCACUAAAAUGGCGAAUUGGGGAUGGUAGGGAAACUCCUUUUUGUGGCCAUUUGUGAUUUGAGGGUGAUUGUUGAUAUGUGCUUUUUAAUGAAAAGCAUGUAUAAAGUAAUGAAAAUGGUGUAGUAGUGGU